CUCCCCACCCGUGCCAUGUCUGCGCUGUUCGCCGGGAAGGUGCUGCGGGCGAACCGCGAGCGGGACGAGCUGGACACGGAGCGGGAGCUGCGCGGGGCUCUGGACAACAAGGUGCUGCUGCUCUACUUCGGCUCGGGGCAGUGCCCGCGCUGCCAGCGCUUCUCCCCGCUGCUCAGGGACUUCUUCCAGCGCCUCACCGACGAGUUCUACGUGGAGCGCUCCUCGCAGCUCGGCCUGGUCUACGUGUCCCGCGACGAGACGGAGGAGCAGCAGAGCGCCUUCCUGCGCUCCAUGCCCCGCCGCUGGCUCGCCCUGCCCUUCGGGGACACCUUCGCCAGGAUGGGGCCCAGCUGCUUCCAGAACUGGCAGGAGGCCGCCGAGAUCCUGGACAGGAAUUUCCGCCUGGCCGAGGAUUUCGACAAAAACGCCCGCAGGAGCUUCACCCACCCCCUGAGGCGCCUCAAGUACAAGCUGGACAAGGAGCAGGAGCAGGAUAAAUCCAAGGAAAUGAAGGAAUUAAGGAAAGCUAAAUCCCAAAUGGAGGGGCUGGAGGAGUAA